AACCGCCGAGGAAGCUGAGGCGAGCCCGGGUCGGGCGCGAGGGCGCGCGGGCCGCUGCUGCCACCGCGGGUGUUCCCUGCGCUCCCGCUCCGGCGAGGACUCUCUCUGCCGCCUCCUCAUCCGACCUUAGUCCUCACCACCCUCCUCCCGCUCCUCAAAAGCACCCCCUAGUCCCCACCCCCUCACGCCCCACCCGCGGGAACGAGGCCUCGGGAAUUCAGGGGAGUGGCUGUGGGGGCGCGUCGCGGCUCCCAGCUCGGCCAGCCCCUCUUUCAAGACAUGGUCUGAUCCCCAUUGUAAAAGCUGCGCCCCGAAGAGGAGAGAGUGGUGCUCCCUGCUUGGGGCUGCAGGGAGCUCUCCGUGCUGAAGCUCUUGCAUUAUUUUAGGGUGGGGCGAGGAGGGCCCUGGAUUUUGGGGAGUGGGGGUGGGUGGGGAGGAGGACCCAAGGGGGGCAAGGACUCUGUGGGGGAGUCGGUGAGAGACUAUGGGGAAGGACCAGGAGCUGCUGGAAGCUGCUCGCACUGGAAAUGUGGCUCUGGUGGAGAAACUCCUGUCUGGCAGGAAAGGAGGGAUCCUGGGCAGUGGAUCCGGACCCCUGCCCCUGUCUAAUCUGCUAAGCAUCUGGCGAGGCCCCAAUGUGAACUGCACAGACAGUUCGGGUUACACUGCUUUACACCACGCAGCCUUAAAUGGACAUAAGGACAUAGUUCUCAAACUACUUCAGUAUGAGGCAUCAACAAAUGUAGCAGACAACAAAGGGUAUUUUCCUAUUCACCUGGCUGCCUGGAAAGGAGAUGUGGAAAUUGUGAAGAUUCUUAUUCAUCAUGGACCAUCACAUUCCAGGGUCAAUGAACAGAACAAUGAAAAUGAAACUGCCCUACACUGUGCAGCUCAAUAUGGACACUCAGAAGUAGUUGCUGUUCUCCUAGAAGAGCUCACUGACCCGACAAUUAGGAAUAGCAAGCUGGAAACACCCUUGGACUUGGCAGCACUCUACGGACGGCUUAGAGUGGUAAAAAUGAUCAUCAGUGCACAUCCUAACUUAAUGAGCUGCAACACUCGCAAGCACACGCCACUUCACCUUGCUGCGCGCAAUGGCCACAAAGCAGUCGUGCAGGUGCUGCUGGAGGCAGGAAUGGAUGUGAGCUGUCAAACAGAAAAGGGGAGUGCACUUCAUGAAGCAGCUUUGUUUGGAAAGGUGGAUGUUGUACGAGUUCUGUUAGAAACAGGAAUUGAUGCCAACAUAAAGGAUAGCUUAGGUAGAACUGUCUUGGACAUUCUGAAAGAACAUCCAUCUCAGAAAUCUCUCCAGAUUGCAACACUCUUACAAGAGUAUUUAGAAGGCGUAGGAAGAUCUACAGUCCUCGAAGAGCCUGUACAGGAAGAUGCAACACAAGAAACACACAUUUCAUCUCCUGUUGAGUCUCCUUCCCAAAAGACCAAAAGUGAAACCGUCACUGGAGAAUUAUCAAAACUCUUGGAUGAAAUAAAACUCUGUCAAGAAAAGGAUUAUUCGUUUGAAGACUUGUGCCACACAAUAUCAGACCACUACUUAGAUAAUUUGAGCAAGAUUUCAGAGGAAGAACUUGGGAAAAAUGGAAGCCAGAGUGUAAGAACCUCAUCUACAAUCAAUUUGUCACCAGGAGAAGUGGAAGAAGAGGAUGAUGAUGAAAAUACGUGUGGGCCAUCAGGACUUUGGGAAGCAUUAACUCCGUGUAAUGGAUGUAGGAACCUUGGCUUCCCCAUGCUUGCCCAGGAGUCCUAUCCAAAGAAGAGAAAUUACACUAUGGAAAUUGUACCAUCUGCUUCUCUGGAUACAUUUCCUUCAGAAAAUGAGAACUUUCUGUGUGAUCUCAUGGACACAGCUGUUACAAAGAAACCUUGCUCCUUAGAAAUUGCAAGGGCACCUUCCCCAAGAACUGAUAAUGCCUCUGAGGUAGCAAUUACUACUCCAGGAACUAGUAACCAUAGAAACAGCUCAACAGGCCCAACACCUGAUUGUUCACCUCCAUCCCCUGAUACUGCCCUCAAAAAUAUUGUAAAAGUCAUUCGACCCCAGCCUAAACAGCGAACAUCCAUUGUGUCUUCUCUGGAUUUUCACCGAAUGAAUCACAACCAAGAAUAUUUUGAAAUCAACACAUCUACAGGGUGCACAAGCUUUACUGCCAGUCCUCCUGCUAGUCCACCCACCUCUUCUGUGGGAACCACAGAAGUCAAGAAUGAGGGAACUAACCAUACAGAUGACCUCUCCCGACAGGAUGACAGUGAUCCCCCAAAAGAAUAUGAUCCUGGGCAAUUUGCAGGCCUGCUCCAUGGAUCCUCUCCAGCCUGUGAGUCCCCUGAAAAUCCAUUUCAUCUCUAUGGGAAAAGAGAACAAUGUGAAAAAGGACAAGAUGAAGUCAGUUUGGCAAACAGUCCUUUGCCUUUCAAGCAGUCUCCAAUAGAAAAUAACUCAGAACCUUUGGUAAAGAAAAUUAAACCCAAAGUGGUCAGUAGAACAAUUUUUCACAAAAAAAGCAACCAACUCGAAAACCAUACCAUUGUUGGCACAAGAUCAACCAGGAGUGGAUCUCGGAAUGGGGACCAGUGGGUUAUGAACACAGGGGGAUUUGUGGAGAGAGCCUGCACUCUGGGGAGAAUAAGGUCGUUGCCUAAAGCCUUGAUCGACAUGCAUUUAUCAAAAAAUGUCUCUAAAUCUGAUUCUGAUCUCAUUGCCUAUCCUUCCAAUGAGAAAACAUCAAGAGUUAACUGGAGUGAAUCUUCCACUGCUGAACACAGUUCUAAAGGGAAUUCUGAAAGAACACCAUCCUUCACAUCGGAAUGGGAAGAAAUUGACAAAAUAAUGAGCUCCAUAGAUGUUGGAAUCAACAACGAACUUAAAGAGAUGAAUGGUGAGACCACAAGACCCAGAUGCCCUGUCCAAACAGUGGGACAAUGGUUGGAAAGCAUUGGGCUACCUCAGUACGAGAACCACCUGAUGGCUAAUGGAUUUGACAAUGUGCAGUUUAUGGGAAGCAAUGUUAUGGAAGAUCAGGAUUUGUUGGAAAUUGGAAUCCUUAAUUCCGGGCACCGACAAAGAAUUCUACAGGCAAUCCAGCUCCUUCCAAAGAUGAGACCCAUUGGGCAUGAUGGCUACCAUCCCACCUCUGUAGCUGAGUGGCUGGAUUCCAUUGAACUGGGCGACUACACCAAAGCCUUUCUAAUUAAUGGCUACACUUCGAUGGACCUGUUGAAAAAAAUCUGGGAGGUUGAACUUAUUAAUGUUUUAAAAAUCAAUUUGAUUGGCCACAGGAAACGUAUUUUGGCAUCUCUGGGAGACAGGCUGCACGACGAUCCCCCACAGAAGCCCCCUCGGUCCAUCACCCUCAGGGAACCCAGUGGUAAUCACACUCCUCCUCAGUUGUCUCCAUCACUUAGCCAAAGCACUUACACCACUGGUGGCUCCCUAGACGUUCCUCACAUUAUCAUGCAGGGCGAUGCAAGGAGGAGAAGAAAUGAAAACUACUUUGAUGAUAUUCCCCGAUCAAAACUGGAGAGGCAGAUGGCUCAGCAGUCGUCUGUCUGUGAAAUAUGGACGAAUCAGAACGCAGGAUUUCCUUUCUCAGCGAUCCAUCAGGUUCAUAAUACAGGAGACUGGGGAGAACCUUCCAUUACCUUGCGACCUCCGAAUGAAGCCACAGCCUCCACUCCGGUACAGUACUGGCAGCAUCACCCAGAAAAGCUUAUCUUCCAGUCGUGUGAUUACAAAGCUUUUUAUUUAGGUUCUAUGCUGAUAAAAGAGCUUAGGGGGACAGAAUCAACCCAAGAUGCUUGUGCAAAAAUGCGGGCUAACUGUCAGAAGUCUACAGAGCAAAUGAAGAAGGUCCCUACUAUUAUUCUUUCUGUCUCAUAUAAAGGAGUCAAAUUUAUUGAUGCAACAAAUAAGAACAUAAUUGCUGAGCAUGAAAUUCGUAAUAUCUCCUGUGCUGCCCAGGACCCUGAAGACCUCUCAACAUUUGCCUAUAUCACAAAAGAUUUGAAGUCCAAUCACCACUACUGUCACGUGUUUACUGCCUUUGAUGUGAAUUUAGCCUAUGAAAUCAUCCUAACCCUGGGACAGGCAUUCGAAGUCGCUUACCAGCUAGCACUACAAGCAAGAAAAGGGGGACACUCCUCCACACUUCCAGAAAGCUUUGAAAACAAACCCUCCAAACCCAUCCCCAAGCCCCGCGUUAGCAUUCGCAAGUCCGUGCAGAUCGACCCAUCUGAGCAAAAGACUCUGGCCAAUCUACCGUGGAUUGUGGAGCCGGGCCAAGAAGCCAAGAGGGGCAUUAAUACCAAGUAUGAAACCACGAUUUUCUGAUACUCGCCGUCCUCCUGUCCUCGCGGUGCCUUGCUCGCCAAGCAGUCCCGGAGCAGGCUUUCCUUCGCGCCUCCGCGUCCACCCAGCCCAGGAGGAAGACUGCUCUGAGCGUGCGGCCUUGUUACGGGCGAAAGGCCACUGGCCAUUCCUGGGGAAGUUCUUUCUGCACCAGUGAUGGAAAACGCAAGACUUUCCAGUCGCAACCCCUGAGAGGCGUGAGUUGAGAUGGGUUUUCCCUGAUGCUCCCGACUCCCCUCCCCACCACCUCCCAAGGUAUUUCUGAUGACUCCGCCCCAGUACUUGCUUUGCUUCAUUUGGGGAUAAUACCUUUUCUUAAAAAAAAAAAAAAAAAAAAAAAAAAAGUAAAGGGGAUCUCUAAUACUGCCUAAAAGUAUGCUUUCACUGUCAGCAGUUUUAAAGGUGAAAUCAGAGCAGCACUACCCCUCCCACCUCCAAAGCAUCUGUAAAAUCAUUCUAUCAUUGAGUAUCGUUUAAUGCAAAAGGACAAAAACAACUCCCGUGAUAUGAUUGCCAGGAGAUUCUGUUUCCCCAUUUCUAUAUUUGUGGAUUUUAUAUGUAAUCACCUAUGUCAGAGAAAGAAAACCUUUCAACCAAAUGAUUGGUUCAAAAGGAAAGAAUGAUUCAAAACAGAGGAAUUUAUUAUGCACAGCAAAAUGUGUCUUGUAUUAAAUAUUUUUAUUAAAAGAAUGUUUCAUUAAUGCAUUGAUAAGAAAACUAGGUUAGUUGUGAGGGAUGUUUCUGGUUUCAUUUCAAAUAAUUAAAUUUCCACUGCUACUACCAAGAGGACUGGCUCAGUGGUGGCAAAAUACUGGUGAUGCUCCCUAGAGCAGGAGGCCCGGAAGUGCUGACGCAGCCAUCAGCCUGCCAAGAUUGUUUUUUAAUCUUCACAGUGUUUUAAAGAACAUGUUAAAAAAAAAAAAAAAAUCUAGUGCUCCUGCUGUCAAGAUUUCUGUCAUGGAAACCUUGUUUGAGAAAGGUGUUAAUAAAAUUCUAUUGCAAAAAUUUCUUUUUCUAGAAAAAAUAAAUACAAAAAAAAAGAAGAAAUUCCAAAGUAAUAAAACUUUUCUUGAGACAAACAAAAAAAAGUUUGCUUACUAUUUGAUUAAAUAAAAUUUACUUACAUUUCUUUAAGGUAUUUUAAUUUUUUAAUGUCUCUGUGGAGUAUUUGUAUGAUACCAUAAUGUAUAUUUAUGUAGAAUCAAAUUAUAUAAACAGUACCAAUAUCAUUAUAGAAAAAAAUAACAUUUUAAUGUAUAUUGUUCUAACAAUCAUAUUGUGAAUCAUUUUGAAGUUCAUUAUAGCGAUAUUGAUAAAUUGUGGAAUUGUCUUCAUGUUUUUUUAUUAACUGAUAUUAUUUUAAACCUAACUGAGAUGAUCAGUUACAUUCAUCAGUUGGUGAGUUUUGAAGAAUAACUACAUUUUAUUUCAAACUAACAAAUGUAUACGGUUUUAGUUCAGUGUUGAAGAAUUUUAAUACAAUAUUAAAUUACUUGAACUGAACAGUUCCUUGUAUAUAUUUUGCCUAUUCACUGUUGAUAUGUAUGUAGCAAAAUGAGAGUUAAAUAACACUAAAAUAUGGUACCAGGAGGCAAUUGUAUAGGAGCAAAGUUAAUAGGAGCUUUGCUGAAACAGAAGCAUAUGUGUAAAUAAGCUUGGGCUUCCAGUUAUAAAUUUUGUAAUUUUUGUCAUUAUUUAUAUCCUAUAAAAAAAGCACACAAAAAUAAAACAGAAGUUGUACAGCAGUGGUGCUUGGCAUCAUUCUGUGAGCACCUUCCCCACUCCCGUUUAGGAGCAGAACCAAAGGCCCAGCCUUCUCAGCAUCUACAGCUAAAGGGACUUUUUUAAUUGGCAAAAUUGUUGAGAAAAGUUGCACAGUUCCAAGUUCAACCAGUCUGAGAAAGAUACACAGGCCUCUGAAACUUUCAUUUUAACCUAAAGCCCCCACUGCCUUCUUUUAAAUAUUAAAGCAGACUGUAAGGAGGAAUUGUCAAAACAGGCAUCUCUAAAAGAGAAAGGACCACCAAACUGGAUCACUUUUGUAGCACAGCAUCGAUGGUAUGUUUGGAAAAACAUUAUCUACAUGGUCAUCAGUCCUUUCAUUUUUUUCUACACACACAGCAGCCCCAUAGACCAGAGCAGGGAAGGGAAAAGGAAGGGCUAAACCUGCAGGGGGCAGAUGAGAGUCGGCCCACGCAUUGACGAAGAGAUUUGCAGCUGAUUUGUCUUCAAGGGGAAAUUUGACACAUUGAUAACUUCAGUAACCAUGGGCAGCGGGGUCAUUGAAUGCUAACAUUACUCAAAAAAGGACUUGAAUUCAAUUACUCCAUUUAAUUGUUUCUUAUUAAAUUGUAUUCUAUGAUAAAUUUGAGUGAAUGAACCCUAUGAAAAUUAUCCCUAGUUAGUUCAUUAAUAAGUCAUGGAAAUGAUUUUUCUCAAGACACACAAGAUUUUCUCAAGUUGGAAUACUUGGGAAUAUUGCUGGUUCGAUGUUUGGAUAAGAUGGAGCAGAAGACAGGCUUGGAUAAAGGAACACGUGGCCAAAUCCUCAAAAAUCAAUAAAAAUUCACACCUGGAUUCAAGGUAGCAUCACUCCUAAUUACUUCUGAAAAGAAAUGAAAAUUUGAUAGGUGAUCUAGCCUCAAGAGAAUUAGAAUAUAAUGGCCAUGUUCAGGAAAUCCACAGGAAGAGGACUUUUUUAAAAAGAAAUACAUUUCUAAGUUCUCUUUUUAGAUAGGCUAGUCGAUCGGAAGGUUCGAAACACAUUUUUUGAAAUAAAGUUGGGUAACUAGCCAACACAGCCAGCACAGAGUCUACACGCAGCAGGGCCCCACUGGCCCGCCCCAUACUCCAGUCCUAUCUCCCCAACAGCCAGCCAGCCAGCCCCACAUUUACUGCUGUCCGUGCCUCUAGGCAAAUGGACCCAAACAUCUGCCUGCCCCAGCAACAGAGUCCUGCUUCCCACAGAAACCGGUUCCAAAGCAGGCAGAGACGGUGCUUUGAACUUGCUCAGGCCUCUUGACCGUCACCAUGCCGCAUAUUGUGUCUCCGUUAGUAGCUGGGAGCUGGAACUUAUUUUUGUGGUUGAAAUAACCCUGAGACCUUGGUGCCAACCAGGGAAAUGCCAACUCCACUUAACUGUUUCUGUCUUCUGCUCAAGUCGGUCUACUUAUUGAGAACUCACUCUGUGCUUAGCGUGGCAUCACUUUCCUUAGAGUUGCUUCUGCAAAGAUGGUCAUUCUACAGCCAACAUAUUGCACUCAGUGCGCAACUCAUCAAAAAUUAUAGCUACAAAUUAUUAUUAAAAACAGUUUUUGUUUUUCUCCCCAAAACCUCAGAGACCUAUGU